GUUCGAUGCCGAGCACUGCCCCAAGAACGUGGAGCUCUGCUCCUGGCUCCGGAGCUACGCGGAGAUCAGGUAUGUGAUCUGCCCGACGAGCCCGACAGCAAAAAUGGAUUGGCCCCCGGACUCAGAGCCGAGACCUCUCCCCAUGAUCAAGCAGGUCUUCGGAGACUUUCUGCCCAAGAACUUCGACCAGGUCUCCUGCUGGCAUGGUUUUGAAGCCGACGUCCGUUCCAGCUCCACCAUCUUGGACUUGACGGAGGUUGCCAUGUCAACCGACCCGGUGCAUGCAGUUCGCUUCGAUGCAUGGGGUUUGCGGGGAGAGCGCUUCUGGUUUGGACUCGGCGUUGUGGCAGUCUCCAGUGGUGUGCUGUGCUUGCUGUGGAGCAUGCGGCGGAGGUUCAUGCGCUCGGUGGAGGGCAUCGUGCGAGAGAGCCUGGCCGCACACGAGUCUCGGAUAUUGCAUCUGCAGGCUCGUCUUGACGAGCAGGCUGCGACGAUUGACCAUCAAAGUGCGAUGGUUGCAGACAUCAAGAAGCAGCUAGACGAGGUGAAGGUUUACGCAAAGGAAGCGGUGAAAGACCUUGCAGAAAGGAUGUCGGACAGGAUGUCUGGCGUCUGUGACAAGAUGCAUGAUCUGAUGAUGCAGAUCACUGGGCUGUCGCACAAGCUGGAUGGUCAGACCCGCGAUCAUUGCCCUGACCAAGCUAGCUGA